UCCAGGGCAAGGACACCUUGCCUGCCAUGCUGUGCUGUCUGCCCUCCAGGCUGCCAACCAGGAUGUGGGGCAGAACUUCCCAGAAGCAGUCGCGGAGGAACAGCAGUCAGACUCUUUCACCAUGCCUUAUCCAUAGGCUUGACCAUAUUGUGAUGACGGUAAAGAGUAUCAAAGACACCACCAUGUUUUAUUCCAAGAUCCUGGGCAUGGAAGUCACAACUUUCAAGGCUUGUGAGGUUCCCAUUGAGGAGGGUCCGGUCCCCAGAACAGGGGCAAAAGGACCCAUUAUGUCCACCUACUUCCGAGACCCUGAUGGAAACCUGAUUGAGGUGUCCAACUAUAUCUCCUCAUUAUUGAGGCUGGCCCUCCUCCAUUCUGUUCCCUGCCAUGUCUCCCUCUCCCUUCCUUCCUGCAAGCUCUUACCCAAGCCCAGAAAUCUCCAAGGAUUGAGGACUUGGGCACUUCACUCUUCCUAGCGGGGGGCAGAGGGAGGGAGGGGAGACUGAUUUGGGUUUGGGACCAAAACUACCUAUCUGAAUAUCCCCCAUCCAA